GGCUGUGGAGAGGGGGCUCCGGUGGGAGAGGAGGCGGAUCGGUGUCCCUGACCGCGUGUGCGCCGGCCCUGCCAUCGUGCCCGUGUGUAAGUCAGAUCUGCCCGUUCCCGUCACCCUGGGCACUGGGGGGAUGGCCACCCAGCUGCUGACUGACGAGGCCCUGGAAUCAGUGACGUUCAGGGAUGUGACAGUGGACUUCACCCAGGAGGAGUGGCAGCAGUUGGAGCCUGCCCAGAAGGACCUGUACAGAGAUGUGAUGCUGGAGAACUACAGGAACCUGGUCUCUCUGGACUUGGAGACUAGACCUGAAAUGAAGGAGUCGGGUCCAAAGGAGGACAGUGCGGAAGACAGACCGUCCGUUGGGGUGGGACCCCCGAGAAAUGGUGCCCGCGGUCUGGCCUCUGAAGGAGCGUGGACACAGGGUGACUGGGUGGAGGGGCAGCUGGGAAACAGAAAGACCUGCCUGGAGCAGUCGGAGGCUUCCCAGGAGCUCACCCCCGCGUGCCGGGAAUUUAAGGCAUUCACCCGCCAGAGCUCCGGCCCGGUCCCACCACGGUCGGAAGGCCCAAGGGAAGAGGGGACCCGGCCGUUGGUCACGCAUGGGAAGACGUUCCUGAGGGCCCCGGACCUCAGCCGGCCGCCCAGACUCGACGUGGAGAAGAAAUCCUACGACUGCAGCGCCUGUGGCAAGGCUUUCAGCCGGAGCUCAUCCCUGAUGAAGCACCAGCGGAUCCACACGGGAGAGAAGCCCUUUGAAUGUGACGUCUGUGGGAAGCACUUCAUUGAGCGGUCGUCCCUCACCAUCCACCGGAGAGUUCACACCGGAGAGAAGCCCUACCGGUGCGGGGACUGCGGCAAGGCCUUCAGCCAGCGCAUGAACCUGAUCGUGCACCAGAGGACGCACACGGGCGAGAAGCCCUACGUGUGCGACGUGUGCGGGAAGGCUUUCCGCAAGACCUCGUCGCUCGCGCAGCAUGAGCGGAUCCACACGGGGGAGAAGCCCUAUGCGUGCGGGGACUGCGGCAAGGCCUUCAGCCAGAACAUGCACCUCAUCGUGCACCAGAGGACGCACACGGGCGAGAAGCCCUACGUGUGCGACGUGUGCGGCCGCGCCUUCAGCCAGAACAUGCACCUGACCGAGCACCAGAGGACGCACACGGGCGAGAAGCCCUACGCAUGCAAGGAGUGCGGGAAGGCCUUCAACAAGAGCUCGUCCCUCACUCUGCACCAGAGGAACCACACGGGCGAGAAGCCCUACGUGUGCGGCGAGUGCGGCAAGGCCUUCAGCCAGAGCUCCUACCUCAUCCAGCACCAGCGGUUCCACAUCGGCGUGAAGCCCUUUGAGUGUAACGCGUGCGGGAAGGCCUUCAGCAAGAACUCGUCCCUCACCCAGCACCAGCGGAUCCACACCGGGGAGAAGCCCUAUGAGUGCUACAUCUGCAAGAAGCACUUCACGGGGCGCUCGUCCCUCAUCGUGCACCAGAUGGGCCACAGCGGGGAGAAGCCGUACGCCUGCGGUGAGUGCGGGAAGGCCUUCAGCCAGAGCGCCUACCUCAUCGAGCACCAGCGGAUCCACACCGGGGAGAAGCCCUACAAGUGCGGCCAGUGUGGCAAGGCCUUCAUCAAGAACUCUUCGCUCACGGUCCACCAGAGAAUCCACACGGGGGAGAAGCCGUACAAGUGCAGCGAGUGUGGGAGAACCUUCAGCCGGAACACCAACCUCACGCGCCAUCUGAGGAUCCACACCUAGGGGCGGCCUGGGGGGCACCUCGUCCUGUGGCCUUCCUUCAGGGGCCUCAGAGUCCGCACCAGGAGGGGUGGGAUCCUUCACACCCGCCGGCAGCACGAGAAGUUCUGACAGGGUCGCCCACGGGUAGCACCACGGGUUAGAGGAGUCCCGCCCCGGACGGGCCUUACGGAUGGGGACUUGUGGACAGGCCCCUCCCUACGGGGCACCUGCACGUCCACAGCAGAGCAAGUCCCUCGUGUCUAACGCACUUGGGACCAUGCUCAGGGGCACUGUGGCUGGAAACUCGCAGGAGCUCCAGGAGCCCGGGCAUCAGGGUUCCAGGCCGUGGGAAUGAACUGUAAGAGCUGGCACAAGGUUAUUUAGUGUCUCUGGGGCGACACUCAGUAGGAAAAUGCAGGAGGGGGCUGGGGGCGGAGGUGGACUCGAUAAGUGAACGUGGGGACAUUUCUGGACCCUAGAUCUGGUCCAGAUGUUAGGUCUCACCCUCCACGAAUUCCCUCCUGGGGUGGAAGCCAGAGGGGCCCUCCCUCCGUCCGUCCCCAAGCCACCGAGCCAGAGAAGCUGGCAAGUUGUAAGUGGGCGGAAAACGUGGUUUUCAACAUCAGCAAACAACAGUAAGCACUUCAGAUGCCGAAGUUUCUCAGAGUCUGUUAAAUUUUUUAAAAAUAAAACUUUUAAUUAAGAGA